GAGAUGGCAGAGCAUGCCGAAUCUCCUGGAUGGAGCUUGGGUACAUCCAUGUUACCAGUUCAUUUGGCAUACAACAUGUCCACGACUGUUGAUCCUUCAGCACGCUUCAAUCCUGAUGAGUGGCCCCAUCGCUCUACGCUCAUUUGGAAGAGAGGUCGAGAGUAUGAAGUUGUUGAAUGCGGAGAAUAUUGGGAACCAAACCGUACUUUGGAUCUCGAUGCCCCCGCUAGAAAGCUUCUAACAAUUCUUACGAAAGACCCUAUUGAGCCUUCUCAGCUGGGAGAUGUCAGACCUGAUGAUCGUGCAUGGGUUCCUGGUAUCAAUCCCCUACGUGAUAUUGAUGAUGGCGGUGCUGAAAGAGAAGAAGGAGAGAUGGUUGCUGAGAGACAUGAAGAUGAAGAGAGAGCUGAAGGUCCUAUGCUUGGUCCCUAUGCUGUGGAAGUUGAUGGUCCUGAACAAGAAGUGAUCAUGGUCAAUGAUGUGAGAUUGACUCAGGAAAGCGCGUUGAGAGAACUUCGUUUGGCGUGCCGCUUCUUAGGUAUCUCGAAGAACGGGUCAAAGGCGACUGUGUGGAAUCGGUUGAAGAGAGAAGUGGCCCUUGCAAAGUUGAAGGUAGCAGUAGAAGCUUCAGAGGUUGUAAAAGCUGAAUAUGCUCGAGAACCUCUUGUAGAUGCACUUCCUGAGCGACCAUCUGAGGAGCUAGUCUUAAGUCACGAGACCACGCACAGCCCGAAGGCACCAUGGUGUGAGGCGUGUAUCGCCUCCCGUUCGAGAGAAGAUAACUAUGAUGACGCAGAGCCUCAUCGUGAAUUUCCUGUUGUGAGCAUGGACUAUAUGUUUACUGCUACACAAGACAAUCCCCUCGCUACCCAUUUGAUCAUGGUAGACUCCCAGACCAAGUUUGUACAGGCCACGGCCAUCGAUGGGAAAGGCAAUAGAAGCUUGAAGUACUGUGUUGAAGAUGUGGUUCGUUUGAUGAAUUCUCUUGGCUACCAACGUAUUGGCCUCAGGUAUGAUACAGAGCCAGCAAUGAAACAGAUUGCUGCUGCGGUUGUAGCUGCUAGAUUGAAGAUGGGCUUAGCCACAGAAGAAGAGCCAAUACCGCCAGGCGAUGCAACGCAUCGUGCAAAUGGCAGUGAAAGGUAUAUUCAUACAGUACGCACUUUGGGCAAUUGCUUGCUGCAGACCAUUCUCCAACAUACAGGACACAAGGUUGAAAGUGAAGAUCCACUUUUAGCUUGGGCCCACCGUCGUGCAGCCUUCCUGGUAUCUCGAUUCUCAGUUCUAAAGGACGGUUGCACAUCGUUCGAGCUGGUCCAUGGACGUAGCUACAAGUCGAAGCUGUUGCCGUUCGGAGCACAUGUGUACGCGCAGUACCUUCCAAAGUCAAAGGUUCGCGGCGAGUGUUGGAAGCCUUGCGUAUGGCUUUGCAGAACAAGCCUAGGCGAUCUUAACAUCAUCGGUGAUGCUGAAGGGAGGAAAUGCCUACAGAGCAUGAUGACAACGAAGGCUAAUUACAUGGAAGCUGAUGAAGAUCCUCUAGCUGGAUUUGACGUUGAUUGGGCUGUUGGUGAAGGUGAUGAAGAGCAUGUAUCUCAUGAUUCCCAAGAAGAUUUGCCGUUCGUGAAGAGUUGGGCGAACCGCAAGUAUGAAGAAGGGCCUCCUGUUCUCCAUCCAGAUCCGCUAAGGAAGCUGGACGAAGCAAUGGAUCGAGUGGAGUUGAACCGCUUGAUCAAGAUGGGAGUUCUUAGGCCCAUGUCUGGUGAUGAGAAUCUUGAAGGCAUGACUAACUUGCAGUCGAAGUAUGUACGAGAUUGGCGGUUCCGUCCGAGUGAAGAUGGCAAGUCUUGGAGUUGGGUUAGGAGGUCACGUCUUGUGGCCAAGGAAUUCAAGUUCAUUGGCCCUCUCAUGGAAAACUUGUAUUCGCCUGGAUCUUUAGCGUGUCUCCAAAAGGUUUUCGCUGGACUUGUGUGUUCAAGUUCUCGUCUUUGCUUGUACACGGGUGACAUCAAGGAUGCCUACUUGACUGUCCCUCAACGAAGGCCUACGUUCAUUCGUCAUGGAGGAUUGAUCUUUGAGCUCAAGUUCAACUUGCCAGGUCAACGAGCUGGUGCUCGAGACUUCUACGACAAGUUGGCCGGAAUUCUCAAAUCUGACAACUUGGAGAGCUACGAAGCUGCUCCAGCUUUGUUCAUUGAACCCAAGAGUAUUGGCGUUAGUACUCAUGUCGAUGACUUUGAAGUGAUUGCUGAAACUCCUCGUGUCGAUCGCUUGAAGAAGAAGCUGACAGAUAGCGGCUUGAAGUUCUCGUUGGAAGGACCUUGCACGGUUGAAGGUGGUGAAUGUCAUUUUCUCAAGAGAAAGUUCGUUGGCACGGGAGAUGGAAUUGUGGUGAGUCAAGACUCAAAGCACGUAGACAAGCUUGUUGAGUUGCUUGGCCUGCAGAAGGCAUCCGGCAAAACGACUCCGUGUCCGAUGAACGUGAAUCACAGCAAGAUUGACAGCAAGCCUCUAGAUCCUGAACGUCAUGCAUUGUAUAGGACUUGCAUAGGCAUUCUCCUAUACUUGGGUCAAGACCGUCCAGAAAGCUUGUACACGAUCACACAGCUAAGUGGAUUUUGCACAUGUCCAACUGAGUCCGAUUGGUCGCUGCUCAGACACCUUGUGACGUUUUUGAAAGCACAUCCCAAUCAAGGCAUCAAGCUGACACCAUGUAGGCCAGGAAGAACUCUGCAGCAGAAGUGCAGAGGUUUGGAUUCCAAAGUCCGUGAGAGCAAGGACAAUGCCUUUGGAGAAGGACACCUUCUCGAAGCCAUAUCUGACGCCAGCUGGGCUGGUGAGCGAGACAAGAAGAGUAUGUCGGCAAUGACAAUCUUCUUGAAUGGCAAUCUGUGCGAUCAGUACCAAAUUCUGUCCUCCAGAUCUAUUGACAAAGCCUACAAGCGGAUCCAGAACGAA